AGCGAGGCAGCUGGUAGAGCGAGUGUUUCCGCUCACUUAAAAUAAAGAGCUGGCGAGGACAAGGAACAACGGAACAGUACUGACGGAGCGACACGACGAAAACAUUAUAUUUUUUUGUAUUAUUUUGCCACAUUCUGGUCCUGGGUGUAUCGAUUUUUAAAACCUUUUAAUGCCUCGAAUGUGAAGCCGUGAGAGGAGGGCUCGCCGCUGGUAACCUUUACGUUGAGUUUGAGUCGUUUCCUGUCAGCUGGGCAGGCUUAAGAUAUGACACCUACCACAGCAAAGGGCAGGGGAGUCCAAAGGUUAAGCCGUAGAGGACUCUCGCUGGUCGCCGGAGGAAAAGAUGUGCGAUGGAAUGGUAGCGUUUCAGACGAGAGCCCUGUCCUCCUCUUCUUCCUCCACCUCCUCCUCUCGAGCCCACAGGCUGGCUGCCUCCGCGCUUCUACUCCUCUUCACCCUGCUCCCUCAUGGUCACGCAUCAGGUUGUGCGCGGCCACCCGGCGUGCAGCACGGAGAUUUGCUGAACCAGACCGAAGCAAACCGGGGCUCUUUUCCCCCGGGCACCCUGCUAACUUAUGGCUGCGAGCCCGGUUACACUGCAGAUGGAACCACCAACAUCUUUUGUACCAGCUCUGGAGCCUGGUCCCAUCAACCGCCACGCUGCAUCAGAAGCAGUGUGUGUUCGCCCCCCACUGAACCAGAGAACGGGGGCUACCGCUGUCACCCGUCUCCCUGCCCCCGCCUCACCCAGAAGACGGUCAUCGAGUACUUCUGUGACGAGGGCUACGCUCUGAAGGGAGACUACAAGUUCCUCACCUGCCAGAACGGCGAGUGGGACGGCCCCAUGCAGAUCAGCUGCCGACUCACACAAGACAAGGAGCCGAGCUCUCCGCUGGGUAUACCUGCUCUGUCUAUUGUGGCGUCCACGGCCAGUUCUGUGGCUCUCAUCCUGCUGUUAGUGGUGCUGUUUGUUCUCGUACAGCCCAAACUCAAGUCCUUCCAUCACAGCAGGAGGGAGCAGGGAGUCUCAGGACAGUCCAGCUCCAUCAUGGUUGAGGGCGUCCAGGUGACGCUGCCCUCCUAUGAAGAGGCUGUAUAUGGAAGCGGUGGACCCUGUGAUGCUCCCGGUCCUCCUUCUUCUCCACCACCUCCUCCGGCUCCUCCAGAGACUCGAGUCCCAAUCGUGCUCUCUGAGGGGCUUCCUCAGGGAGCCACCGGAGGCCAAGGCCCCAGCAGAAGCCGCCACCACAGAGACUUAGACUUCUGUCUCCCAUCCACGUCCUCCUCAUCGUCCUUCUCCUCCCGGCGUCAUGCAGAGACGGCGUUGGUUCAUCAGGCUCCCUCUUCCUCCUCCUGUUCCUCAUCAUCAUGGGCUAGAGAGCACCCUGGGGGUGCAUGCGCAGGCCCCCUACCUCUCCGUAGAGACUCUGAGAGUAGCGACCAGCACAGUCUGCUUUCUGUCACCUCUACGGACGACUUUUCUGAUGAUAUCCCCCUGCUGAAGGAAGCAUGAAGCCUCCCAGCCUGCUAUCAGCAGCAGCAGAGCCCUUAUUUCCCUUCUCUCACUGCUGACCAGGACUGACUGUGGCUGUCAACCUACUUUCCCCCAACUCCCCUCAGCAGCCAGCAGAGAAGAGACUAGAACUAUGCCCCCAUUCCCCGAUGCAACCUCUUCUGCCAUCGCUACCCAUGCAGAGCAAAGCCAACAACCAAUACUCGCAAUGGUGGAGCACCACUGGACCCAGCUGCUGGAUCAAACUAAAGACGAGCCAGACGAGCAAAGCGGUGCCAGCUCAACAUAAAUCCUGUCGAUCCUAUGUAUAUGUAAAAUAUACAUACUGGUUGUGUACUAUAGGCUUUGCUUUACCACACACACUCGCCUCCUCCCAGGUGUAAUCCUCUAUAAAAACAUUGCUCACAGAUGCUUCAGCGGAGAAGGCUAUAGCAAUCGAGACACGUCGACUCUGUCUGGGAUUACUGCGUGUAAAAAAACCAACAACAAAUAACUUGUGAUGUUCGCUCCUGACGCUGUGGCGCUCAGAAUCAAAAUCGUCUUCCCGCUGUACUUGAAACGUUGCGAGUGACUGCUGGGUUUUGUGAAUGCUGCAUGUUGUUUUUAGUUGUUGCUGUCAGAGCACGGUGGCCCACUCUGAAUGAAGCAUGAAGCCUCCUCUGUCUGUCUGUCUGUCUGUCUGUCUCUCUCGUCUGUCUGUCUGUCUGUCUGUCGUCCGUCUGUCUUCCUCUCUGUCU